ACCAGUGUGCUAAUUAUGAGGAAAAUUGUGGCUUUAUAUUUGACCAUAGUUUAAUUGCAGAAUUUUAAUUGUCAGGUGCCUUAAUUUUGACACUGGUCUUUGAAGAAAUGCUGAGCCGCCUGUCAGGAAUAGCAAAUACUGUUCUUCAGGAGUUAUCAGGGGAUGGCGCUGAUGGUGAUAUAGUGGAGCCUCCAAAUUCAGAACCAACACAAGAGCCUGACAUGGCACUUAAUGAUGGAACAAAUGAGGAUAUUCUGGAGCGAUUGGCCCACACAGAGCAACUAGUGGUACAGCUGAAGGAUGUCAUUCGAGAGAAAGAUAUUCAGUUACAACAAAAGGAAGUCACUUUAGAGGAAGAAAGAAAAGCAGCAGACAUGAAAAUGACAAAAUUGAAGCUUCAAGCCAAGGCCCGAUUAGCCUCCUUGAAUAAACGUAUGGAAGAAAUGAAGGCACAAGGAGGGAUGGUGUCAUCCCAAGAACCUCAGUCAGAGAAACAGCAACUCCCUAGGAUGUGUGACCCACCUCCUAAGGAAGAUCAAAUAGAAGGACUUGAAAUGCUGAAACAAAAACUCCAGGAGAAGGAAGAACUAAUUAGCAGCUUACAAAUCCAACUUAGUCAGGUGCAAGCAGAGCAAGCAGCACAGUUGAGUUCCAUGCAGGAGGUGGUCCGGGAGAAAGAUGCACGGUUUGAAUCACAAGUUCGUCUUCAUGAAGAUGAACUUCUUCAGUUAGUGACUCAGAAAGAGGUGGAGACAGAGAUGCAACAGACCCUAAGGACUCUACAAAGGAAGCUAGAGGAACAAGAGGAGGCCUUAUUAGGACGUGCUCAGGUGGUAGACUUACUCCAGAAGGAGCUAUCUGUUGCAGAGCAGAAAAAUCAGGUUCUCUCUGAACAGUUGCAGCAGUUAGAAGUUGAGCAAAAUACAUUAAAGACUGUACUAGAAACAGAGAGACAGGAGUCCAGGAAUCUGAUUGAAAAAUUGGAGCUUGAAGUGGCAGAAAAAAAAUUCUCAUUACACAGCCUAGAUGAAGAAACACGUUGUCUUUUGGAGAAAUUAGAGCAGGCAGACCAAACCCGGGCUGAAUUAGAAUCUCAGUGUAGUGCCUUGGAGCACAAGCUUAAAACAGCAAGAGAAGAGAAGGACUUUGAAAUUUUGUGUCUUCAAAAGAGUGAAAAAGAACUCCAGUCUGCUUGUGAGACCUUAAAGGUUCAAAAUGAAAAGCUUCUUCAAGAUAUUAAUCAGCAGGCAUUUCAGUCUGCCCAGACCAUUCAACAGCUAGAAGAUGAACUCCAGCAAAAAUCCAAAGAAAUUAGUCAAUCUCUGAUUGAACCAGUGUUGCAGAAAUCGGAAAUGGCCUCUCAGACCUCUGGCUCAGAUGAGAAUAGCCAGGCCCUCCAGGUAGAGUUAGAAGAGAAUAUUGCCUCUUUGCAGAAGAGAGUAGCAGAAUUGGAAGAGGAAAAAUGCACCUUGCUUCUCAGUACUGUGGAACUGGAGGAGCUAAAAAGUGAGAAUGAAAGACUACACUCUCAGGUUAUUCUUCUAGAUGCUCAGCGUGGAUUUGAAAUGGCUGGUGGAGAAGUAACAGUACAGCAGAGCACCACUGAUGAAAUCACCAAAAGCUGUACCAACAAAUCUACUGAGGAAAGUAGACAAGAAGACAGUUUAGAGAUCAUUGUUUCACAGAAACAUAAGUUGUCAGUUUUAUUGUCAGAAAUGAAAGAAGCCCAAGAAGAAAUUGCAUUCCUUAAAGGGCAGCUCCAGAUCACAAAGCCCAAUACUAACUUGAUUUCAGAGGCAGCACAGGAGGAAAUCAAGCAAGCAGAAGGUGAAGGAAUGAUAAUGAUUCAUGAAGGCACAGAAGGCACAGAACAGAGCUUUCCUUCAGUGCAAAGUGAAGCAUGCAGCACUGUUGUUAUUGAUGUGGAAAGGCCAGAAAACUCUUCACUUCAGAAUCAGAGCAGUAUGCCACCAGAGAUACCUGUCGUUCACAUUACCCAUGUUGGAGUACAAGUGGAAUCAGUAGAAGAAACUGGAAAAGAUUCCCUUUCUAUUGCUCAAGAUCUUAUUCUCUCUCUUCAAGAAGAAUUGAAAAGAUCAGAAGGACAUAUAUUGGAACUUGAAUCAAGUCUUCAGAAAGCAGAGGAAUCCUAUGAGAAAAGUUUAGGGGAGAAAGCUGAGGAAAUCAGUAAGCUAGUCCAGCUAAUAGAGGACUUUAAGAAAAAUGAGGAAAAGAAUAAGAGUGUACUCAGUGCUCUGUGUGAUGAGAGAGAUCACCUUUUGGUUCAAGUAAAAGAGCUUUCUAUCAUUACAGAACUAAAGGCACAAGUAAAGCAACUUGAAGAGAACCUUGUGGAGGCUGAAAAACAAAGAAUAUCUGAUUAUGAAAAUAAAACCACCCAUGAAAGCCUUUUAACUGAACAAAUUCAAAGUCUCAGCACAGAAUCAAAAUCAAAGGAUUUGAAAAUUGAAACUUUGCAGAAGGAAUUAGAUGAAGUGCAAAGCCAGCUUUCUGACCAGGGCACUCUAGUCAGAAAUUUGAAGAGUGACCUGCAAAAGAAAGAAAGCGAAAUGCUUGAUUUGGAAGAACGCAUAAGGAAUUCCUCAAACAAAAUGGAAGAGCUUUCCCAGACACUCUCCCAGAAGGAACUCGAGACAGCAAGAAUAGAUCAACUCUUGUUAGAGAAAACCAGGGUGGUAGAGACCCUUCAACAAGCCAUCGAAGAGAAGGAUCAACAGGUGACUGAAAUCAGUCUACGUAUGUCGGAGAAAAUGGUCCAACUCAAUGAAGAGAAAUUUUCUCUUGGGGUUGAAGUCAAAGCACUCAGAGAAAAGCUUAGUUCACUGCCCAUUCCUGAAGAAGGCAAGAAGGAGAAGGAAGCAAAAGAGAAAGAGGAAGAAUGUUCAAUUCUAAAACAUGAUGAGGAUGAUAAAGUAGUUUCAGCUCCAUUAGUAAAGAAUGAAGAACUUCAGAGUGAAUUGAAUCUUCUGAAGAAAGAAAGUGACCAGAUGAAGAGAAAGCUGCAAGCUGCUCUUAUUAACCGGAAAGAGUUAAUGAAGAAAGUCACUCAGUUAGAGAAAGAAUUGGCACAAGUGAAAAACGAGUCGAAGGAAGAGACCUCACUCUGUGAGUUGGGUAGUAUGGAAGCAACUCACCAAGGUAAAGAUGGGAAAACAAACACAGUAGAACCUGCCACUUCUGAAAGUCAGGAAACUGAAAUAUCUUUAAAUCAAAAGAUAUCUGAGAAAGAAUUAGAACUACAAAAUGUAAAGAGAGAUUUAGAAGAAAAGGUAGCCGCUGAAGAGCAGCUACAGGCAUUGAUCAAAGAGAUGAAACAGAGCUUGCAAGAUAAAUUAAGCCUCAUAGAUUUGCUUAAAGCUGAAAUUACUGAAAAUCAAAUUGUCAUCCAAAAACUAACCACUUCUAACAAGGACUCUGGAGAUGGAGACUCAGCCACACCCAUAAAAGAGACACUAGUGAUUAGCACAGCUAGUGCAGAAAGUGGCGAACACUGGAAACUAGAACUAGAAGACAGAAUUUUGAACCUUGAACAAGAAAAGGAACAACUCCAAAAGAAAUUACAGGAAGUGCUAGCCUCCCGUAAGGUGACUUUAAAAAAAGCACAGGAGAAAGACAGACAUCAUAGAGAGCAGUUAAAGCAACAGAAAGAUGAUUAUAACCUCUUACAAGAACGAUUUGAUGAACAGAGCAAAGAGAAUGAGAAUAUACGAGACCAGUUACGAGAACUGGAAACACGAGUAAGAGAGUCUACAAACAUUGGCUUAGCUGCAGAUGGUAACACCCAGGAAUUAGAUAUACCAUCUCAGAAUCUGAUGGGACCUACAUCCAAAGCCAAAGAACAGUGGCCUUCACAAAUGUCUUCAGAAUCUGGUUGGCACACAGAUUGGGUGGAGCAUUCAGGAGGCAAAAAUGACCUUCUUGAAGAAGACAGUUCAGUAGGCCUGCUUAGGGCUCAGCUCAAAGAACUACAGAUCCAGAAAGAAGAACUAGAAUUCAAAGUCAGCUCUACCAUAAAUGAUCUUUCUCUAAAAUCAGAAGAUGUAAUUAACUUACAAGAACAGAUAACAAAGCUACUUUUAGAGGCUGAAAAUCUUAAAGUAGCUGCGCAUGAGGCUGAAGCUCAGGCAACCAGGCUGAAACUAGAAUUGGAAAGCAGUCAAAUAGAAAUCAAAAGAUUAGAACAUUUUAGGGAAUUACAACCUGAACUAGAUGAACUGAAAAGUCUCAUGAACAAAAAGAAUGAAGAAAUUGAUCUCCUUCAUGUGCAAGUAACAGAAAAAGAUGAAAUCCUUGUUAGAGUGCAGACAGAGAUUGUGGAACAAGAGGAAUUGAUUAAGGCCUUGCAUGCACAGUUGGAAAUGCAAGCCAAAGAACAUGAAGAAAAAAUAAAACAGUUGCAAGUGGAGCUUUCUGAAAUUCAACGGAAACCAGAGGAGGUAGAAGAAGAAGCUAAAUCUAAGCAGCAAAUUCAGAGGAAACUCCAGGCUGCACUUAUCUCUAGAAAAGAGACACUGAAAGAAAGUAAGUGUCUUAAAGAAGAAUUGUCCUUGGCCAAAAAUAAUAUUGAGACUCUCACUAAGGCUCUGGCAGAUGCAGAGAGUCAAGUUUCUGCUCAUGGUAAAGAAAGGGAUGUAUUAUUAGACAGAUUGACUGUUCUUCAGGAGGAGAAAGAAAGACUUAUUGCAGAAGUAGAUAGAACUUUAUUGGAAAGCCAAAAUCUCAAUAGCUCUUGUGAAAGUCUGAAGCUAGCUCUUGAGGGUCUUACUGAAGAUAAGGAAAAACUAGUAAAGGAAAUUGAAUCUUUGAAAUGUACCCAGGUUGCUGAGAAUACUGAGUGGCAAGAAAAGCACAAGGAACUGCAAAAAGAAUAUGAAAUUCUUCUUCAGUCCUAUGAAAAUGUCAGUAAUGAGGCAGAACGUAUUCAACAUGUUGUGGAAACUGUGAGACAAGAGAAACAAGAACUGUAUGGUAAGUUAAAAAAUACAGAAACAAAGAAGAAAGAUACAGAAAAGCAGCUUCAGGAGGCAGAGCAGGAAAUGGAAGAAAUGAAAGAGAAGAUGAGGAAAUUUGCAAAAUCCAAACAGCAGAAAAUCCUUGAACUGGAAGAAGAGAAUGACCGCCUUCGAGCAGAGGUACAUCCAGCAGGUGAUGAAUCCAAAGAACCUACAGAAAUGCUUCAUUCCAGCCCCAAAUUGGAGGAGGAACUAGAGCAAAGUAAACUUCAGUAUGAAUCUCUUUCCAAGGAGUUUGAAGCAUUAAUGACUGAGAAGAAAUCUUUAAAUGAAGAGAUCCAGAAUUUAAAGCAGCAAUUGGAAGAAACAGAAUCCAAACUGAGAGAGAGUGUAGAAAUCUCUGAUAAGUGCAAGUUCCAAAUGGAUAGUGUAAAAGUGGCACAGCAAGCUGUGUCUGUAGCUGUACCAGAUGAGGCUGAAGAGCAAGUCUCUUUGAAGACAAGUCCUAGUUCAGAAUAUUCAGUACCCAUCCCUUUGGAGAACAGUGUCAUGGCAGAUGUCAGUGCAAAUGAGGGUAUGAGUUCACAUGAUGAAAUUAAUACCUACAUACAGCAAAUUGAUCAGCUUACAGAAAGAAUUAAAGAACUAGAAGAAGAAAAGAAGAUAAGAGAAGCAAUAGGCCAUUCUUUUGAAGAUAAGAAAGAUGCCAUACUGAACCAACUAGAAGCAAAAGAUAUUGAGCUGAAAACUCUCCGUGAAGAAGUUACCCAGAUAAACCUGUUAAAUGAGAAAAUCCAAGAGGAACUUGUCAAAGUCACCAAAUUGAAGGAAACAGUAGAGUUAGAGAAGGAUGAUCUAGAAGAAAGACUUAUGAAUCAAUUAGCUGAACUUAAUGGAAGCAUUGGAAAUUAUCAACAAGAUGUCACAGAUGCCCAAAUGAAAAAUGAGUUACUGGAAUCUGAAAUUCAGAACCUUCAAAAAUGUAUGUGUGAACUGGAAGAAGAAAAGCGGCAAGCAGUUAAUGAAAAAAACAGAAUUGAGUCAGAAAUCCGGAAGGAAUACUUAGAGAAGCUACAAAGUGCUCAGAAAGGAGGACAUGGCAGUAAAACUCAUACAAAAGAACUUCAGGAGUUGUUGAAAGAGAAGCAACAAGAGGUAAAGCAGUUGCAGAAGGACUGUAUCAGGUAUCAAGAGAAGAUAAGUGGUCUAGAGAGGACUAUAAAGGCUCUGGAAUUUGUACAAAAUGAAUCACAGAAGGAACUGGAGAUGGUCAAAGAAAACCUAGCUCAAGUAGAUGAAGAUCGUAAGAAAGUCCAAGCAGAACUGGACUACUGCAAAGUGUUGCUGGAUGACACUCAGAGUGAAGCAGCAAGGGUUCUAGCAGACAGUCUCAAAGUGAAAAAGGAACUUCAGUCAAAUAAAGAGCUUGUUAAAAGCCAAAUGAAGCAAAAGGAUGAAGAUCUUGAAAGAAAACUGGAACAAGUCGAAGAUAAGCACAUGAAAGAGGUCAAGAACAUGCAAGAGAAGUUGGAUGCUUUGCAAAGAGAAAAGGUCCAUUUGGAAGAGACUUUUGGAGAAGUUCAGGUUACCUUAAACAAAAAAGAUCAAGAAGUCAGGCAGCUUCAGGAAAACCUAAACAGCACUUUAGCCCAGCUUGCAGCCUUCACCAAAAGCAUGUCUUCUCUACAGGAUGAUCGGGAUCGAGUGAUAGAUGAGGCUAAAAAAUGGGAAAGAAAAUUCAGUGAUGCUAUUCAAACAAAAGAAGAAGAAAUCCGGGCUAAAGAAGAGAAUUGUAGUGUUUUAAAAGACCAUCUAAGGCAGAUGUCCAUCCACAUGGAGGAGCUACAGAUUAAUAUAUCUAGACUUGAGCAUGACAAACAGACCUGGGAAUCAAAAGCCCAAACAGAGGUCCAGUUUCAACAGAAAGUCUCUGAAAACCUACAGGGAGUAAAUAAAGGACUCAUGUCUCAGCUAGAAGAAUCUAAACAAAUGUACUCUAAUUCUCAGAAUGAGUUAGCUAAAUUGGAUGCAGAAGUUAAGUCUUUGAGAGACUUAUUAACUGAAACAAAUAAUUCUUUUGCAAAAUGUAAGGAAGCCAAGGAAAAAUUUGAGGGAAUCAUAAAGCAACAAGAGACUGAUAUCCAGAAUUCCAAGUUCAACUGUGAGCAGUUAGAGACUGAUCUGCAAGCCUCUAGAGACCUGACUUCUAAACUGCAUGAAGAAAUUAGUACUAAAGAUCAAAAGAUUAUCACACUCCUUUCUACUAAAGAGGAGGCAGUCUUGUUAGCUAUCUCUGAAUUACAACAACAACAUGGCAAAGAAGUUAAAGAGUUGGAAAACCAACUGACCCAGAAAGAAGAGGAGAAAGCUGCCUUAGAAGAUGAGAAAAAGAAGGCUGUAGACAAAACUAGUCAGCUCCUAGAAGCAAUGAGAACUCUCAAAAAAGACAGCAAACAACAGAAGGCCCAGUUAGAUUCCUUUACUAAAUCCAUGUCUUCUCUCCAAGAUGACCGAGAUCGAAUUCUAGGCGACUACAGACAGCUAGAGGAGCGGCAUCUCUCUGUGAUUUUGGAGAAAGACCAGCUUAUCCAAGAGGCUGCUGCUGAGAACAAUAAGCUAAAGGAAGAAAUCCGAUGCUUUCGGAGCCAGAUGGAUGAUAUCAAUUCUGAAAAUGCCAAGUUUAGUGCAGAAUUGUACCAGAGGAUAUCAAUGAAGGAUUAUCAGCAAAAGAAGCUCCUUGAUGCUCGACUUCAGCAGAAUCAAGAGCUAGAAUAUGAAAAGUCCAAGUUAGAAGGAAAGCUAAAAGAGUCAGAAGCAGCAAGGGAAGAUCUAAAAAGGUCUUGUGAUGCCCUACAGGAGGAGAAGCAAACCUUGACUAAGGAAAUUGAGAACUUGAAAAUGUCUGUUUCACAACUAAAAUGCCAGGUGACAACUUUGCAACAAGGGAGUUCUUUAGGAGAGUUUCAGGCACAAUUAAAAGGUGGGGAAGAAGAGGUUCAGAGAUUGGGCAUCACCCUCUCCCUCUCUCAGAAGAAAGUCACAGAACUAGAAGAAGAAUUAGUACAUGUACAGAAAGAGGCUGCUAAGAAAGUAGGAGAAAUUGAAGAAAAGCUAAAGAAAGAAUUGAAGCAUCUCCAUCAUGAUGCGGGGAUAAUGCGCAAUGAAACUGAAACAGCAGAAGAAAGGGUAGCUGAGCUGGCAAGUGAUUUGGUAGAGAUGGAACAAAGACUACUCAAGGUUACCGAAGAAAAUAAAGACCUUAAAGCUCAGAUUCAGGCUUUUGGGAAAUCUAUGAGUUCCUUGCAAGACAGUCGAGACCAUGCUAAUGAAGCGUUACAGGACCUAAAAAAGAAACACAGUGCCAACCUUGAGGAACAGCAGUAUCUUAUAGGUGCUUUGAAGAAAGAGGUGGCUCAACUGAGAGAGGAGCAGAUGCUGUUGAGUAGAGAGAGAGAUGAUCUUGUUUCUAAAGUUGCUUCUCUGGAGAGCCACACUGAAGAUGAUAGCUCACUAUCUCACCUUGAGAAGCUUAACCAACAGCUCAAAUCUAAAGAUGAGGAAUUAUUUCACUUGUCCUCACAGUUGGAGGGUUCCUCCAACCAAAUACAGUCCUUUUCUAAGGCCAUGGCCAGUUUACAGGUUGAAAGAGAUCAUCUCUUGAGUGAACUGGACAAAUUCCGAAAGUCAGAAGAAGGAAAACAGUGGUCAUCAUCCCAACACUUUACCAGCCCUUCUGAAGUACAGAGCUUAAAGAAAGCAAUGUCUUCACUACAAAAUGACAGAGAUAGACUGCUGAAGGAGUUAAAGAAUCUACAACAGCAAUACCUCCAGGUCAAUCAGGAGAUCUCUGAGCUACGUCCACUGAAGACUCAGCUUCAGGAGUAUCAGGAACAGACAAAUAAUUAUCAGUCUCUCCAGGAACAACUCAAGCAGGAAAAUCUCGCUUGUCAACAGGAGCUACAACACCUCAAAGGGGAGAAGAAUACUUGGGAAGUCCAGGAGAAGCGGGUUAGAGAGCAGUACCUGAUGGCCCUCUCUGACAAGGAGCAGCAGCUGAGCCACCUUCAGAAUCUGGUGCAGGAGAUGAGGUCUGCACCCUCUCAGCAGCCUUCUGCCCUCUCAGAGCAAUACCAAAGACAGGCAUCCCCACAAACAACAACUUCCCCAGAGUCAUUGAGAGCCCUGGAUUCUGAGGUUGGGCUCCUCAAGGCCCAGCUUAAUGACAGCUUGAAAGAAGUUCACCAGAAAGAGUUGAGAAUCCAACAGCUGAACAGCAAGCUCUCUCAGAUCUUUGAAGAGAAAAGUUCCCUUUCCAUUCAGCUUCGUGGUAGCAGUCAGAGUCUCCGUGAAAGCCAUCAGCGCUAUAAUGACCUUUUGAAUCAUUGUACAGGCCUAGAGAGACAGAUUCAGGAGCUGCAGCCACCAAGCAAGGAAAUGGGAACACUCACAACAGAUGCUGCCCCUGGAGCUCCUCAGGAAAAGAACGAACCCCACAGAGAGGGUGACCCUAUGGAGCUAAGAGAGCUGCAACUUAGAUUUUCUGAGGCCCAGCAAGAGCAAUGUAACACUAGACAAGAGGUGAGCCACUUAAAGAAUUUGUUAGAAGAGGAACGGGACCACCGGCUAGCUGCUGAAGAAGCCCUCUCUGAGGCUCAGGAGGAGAUUAGGAGGCUGGAAUCAAAUGAGUGGCCCCUUGCUCAGAAUUCCAGUAUCAGUGACUGCAACUCACAUGAGCAGAUGGUAUUAAUAGAGCCUGUGAACAGUUCCUUCCGAAAGACCAGGAGCAAUGUUGGAUGGAGGCGAAUCCUGCGUUCACUCUGCUAUUCCCGGACCCGGGUACCCUUGCUGGCUGCUGUUUAUAUUUUCAUGCUCCAUGUCCUGGUUCUUCUCUGUUUUACUGGUCACCUAUGAGCUUAGCUUCCACCUGUCAGGUUUCUCUUCUUAGAGCCACAGUCUUGAAUUCUCCUGUCCCUAGUCCCAGGACCAAAUGCCUCCAUGGACAGCCUUACUUAUCUAGGCUCAUCCCUUAAUGUCUUCCUGAGGGGAUAAUAUCUGCAAAAUUCAGAAGCACAUCUGGGCUCUUUGUCAUAAAAAGAAGGAGCUGAGAUACUAGAAAGUCUGCUUUCUUCCACUGCCCUCUGCCUCAUGUUUAGGCACAAGUAUCAUCAUGUGUAAACACAAAUAUUUUGUAAAUAUAGUGCCUAUUCCUACCCCUACAGAGUAGAGUCUGGGGAAGUGUCCAUCUUCCAUUACCAAUUCUAAUAAGCUCAAGGAGCUGAGGUUGUUCCUAGGACCACAGUUAUUUGGAAUCAUCAUCUUGGUAGGCACUGCCCUAAAGUGCAUAGCCUCAUGAAGCACGUGAUAGGAUCCAUUCUGGAGACUGAGAACUGAGGAGCACCUUCCUUGUUGCUAGGCUUCUGGUCACUAAGGACAUCCUAGGGGAGGAAGAUGUCUCACUUCCAGUCACCCUUCCCUGAUCUUGAGAUAGGGUGAGAAUGUGUACCAGUGGGCUAUGAGGCUGAGGUCUGUGAUCCCUGUUCCCCUGCAUAAGUACAGUCUGUGAGAAUCCUUUAGCAUGGAUAUUUAAAUUAAAUGAUCAACACUUGCCUUUUUCCCCAGACUCUGAAGAAAGAGUCUGUGGUUGAGGUAGCUGUUUCCUGGCACACUCAUGUUAUUUGUCCAUCCUGGGACUUGGAGACAGUGAGCCAGUAUUAAGUGAAUUUAAGUUUCUUGAAGCAGAGAAGAGUAGAGUUACACUCUAGCCCUCUAUUAGUGUCCAUAUUCAUUCCCUUUUCCUCCCCUUUAUCUCUAAUAAAUAACCAAAAAUUUAAAAAAUCAAACUCAGCUGUUGAUCUCAGGGAUGCCAGUUUCUCAGUCUCCUAGUCAACUGCUUGCUUAUAAUUAAUUACCAGGGACUGGUACAAGUAGAGAAAGCUGUAGAGAAGAGAUGAUGAAAUCCAACCUUGAGUACUACUGCCUAAACUGAAAUCUGUUUGCCACCUCACCCCUCUGCCAAACUGAGAUGGUCCUGGCCAUUUCCUCCUUCCUUACCACCAGCCACCCUUUCUGUCCCCUACUCAUUUUCACUGUUCUAGAGAAAUGAUGGGAGGAUCAUCCAACUGCUGUGUUCUGAAUCUUUUUCCCUAUGUUGACCAAAUUCUUAGUCACAGCUCCCCAUGAAACUUCCCUAACACUUGUAAAAAACAAAAUAAAAUUAUUUUCAGAUUUGAA